GGUUGCAAAAGUACCGACAGCUACCGGUGAAUCGGUAAGAGCUGUACAAAGUCUUUAUCCACUGGAACUGACAACAGUUACAAAGGAAUGGCACAGGGCCAGUCCAUCUAAUAAUAGAAGACCCCUGUUGAAAAGGUCAAGUGACGUCCAGAGCAAUCAGCACAAUUUGGAGUUACAGAAUCUUUAUCGUACAGUUGGUUAUUAUAAACUGAAACAAUACGACAUGGCGACUAAUGGAAAAUUGGCACUUCUCAGCGUGUCUGAUAAAACCGGCCUUUUACCGUUGGCAAAGUGCUUGUCGGACAUCGGCCUCGGGUUAGUGGGCAGCGGCGGGACAGCGGCUGCCUUACGCAAUGCCGGCCUUAAAGUAUUGGACGUGUCGGAUAUCACCGGUGCCCCGGAGAUGCUCGGGGGAAGGGUCAAAUCUUUGCACCCCGCUGUUCAUGCCGGCAUUUUAGCUAGGCUAACAGAAUCCGACCAGGCGGACAUGAAGCGACAGAAUUUCGACAUGAUCAGCAUUGUCGUGUGCAACCUCUAUCCGUUCGUUCAAACUGUGUCCAAACCUGAUGUGACAGUAGCCGAUGCUGUCGAGAAUAUUGAUAUCGGAGGAGUAACAUUAUUAAGGGCAGCAGCCAAAAACCAUGACAGAGUUACUGUCUUAUGCGACCCUGCUGAUUAUGAUAAGAUCAUCGAAGAGCUGCAAAAGAACAAGGAUCACCAGACUUCAUUAGAAACCAGAAAAAAGCUGGCUCUGAAAGCUUUUACUCACACAUCGGAGUACGAUCUUGCUAUCUCGGACUACUUCCGUAAACAAUAUUCAGCUGGACAGUCACAGUUGACGCUGCGAUACGGAAUGAACCCACACCAGAAGCCGGCACAAGUAUUCACCACUAGAGACUGCUUACCUCUUACUACUUUGAACGGUUCCCCUGGCUUCAUCAAUCUAUGCGAUGCUCUCAACGCAUGGCAACUUGUCAUGGAAUUAAAACAGGCUUUAGGCCUUCCCGCAGCAGCCAGUUUCAAGCACGUAUCGCCAGCUGGCGCUGCUGUAGGCUUACCCUUGACUGAGGAAGAAACGUCAGUGUGCAUGGUGAGCGACUUGGCGGGAAAGCUGAGCCCGUUGGCGUGCGCGUACGCGCGAGCACGCGGCGCGGACAGGAUGAGUUCGUUCGGCGACUUCGUGGCAUUGUCCGACGUCUGCGACGAGUCCACCGCUAGAAUCAUAUCUCGGGAAGUGUCUGACGGCAUCGUCGCUCCCGGAUAUACGCCCGAAGCACUCGAAAUACUCAAGAAGAAAAAGGGUGGCAAUUAUUGCGUUUUACAGAUGGAUCCAGCCUACACUCCAGCAUUGAUGGAGCAGAAAACAAUUUUCGGUCUCACAUUGGAACAGAGGCGAAAUGACGCCAAGAUAACUGCAGAUUUAUUCAGAAAUAUUGUUACUAAUAAAAAGGAGUUACCGGAGAGUGCUGUGCGAGAUCUAAUCAUAGCUACCAUCGCACUGAAGUACACUCAGAGCAACUCUGUGUGCUACGCUAGGGAUGGACAGGUGGUAGGCAUCGGUGCGGGGCAGCAGUCGCGCAUCCACUGCACGCGGCUGGCGGGCGGCAAGGCGGCGCUGUGGUGGGCGCGCUGUGGUAGUGUCAUUGUGUUGCAACUUGUCAGGUGGUGGGCAUCGGUGCGGGGCAGCAGUCGCGCAUCCACUGCACGCGGCUGGCGGGCGGCAAGGCGGCGCUGUGGUGGGCGCGCUGUGGUAGUGUCAUUGUGUUGCAACUUGUCAGGUGGUGGGCAUCGGUGCGGGGCAGCAGUCGCGCAUCCACUGCACGCGGCUGGCGGGCGGCAAGGCGGCGCUGUGGUGGUGGGCAUCGGUGCGGGGCAGCAGUCGCGCAUCCACUGCACGCGGCUGGCGGGCGGCAAGGCGGCGCUGUGGUGGGCGCGCCGCCAUCCGCGCCUCGCCGCGCUACGCUUCCGCCCCGGCGUGUCGCGCGCGGUGCAGUCCAACGCCAUCGACAACUUCGUCAACGGCACCGUCGGAUCAGAUCUUCCGCUAGAGCAAUGGAAUACAUUGUUCGAGGGUGAGGCUCCUGCUCUUCUUACUGAAGCCGAGCGCGAUGACUGGCUUAGGAAGUUGGACAAAGUCGCACUUGCUUCCGACGCUUUCUUCCCAUUCAGGGACAAUAUUGAUAGAGCUGUCCAGUGCGGAGUCGAAUACAUUGGCAGCCCGUCGGGCUCUAACAAUGAUCAAGAAGUCAUCGAGGCGUGCAACGAACAUAACAUUGUUUUAUGUCACACUAACCUAAGAUUGUUCCACCACUAA